AUGGGUGGCCAAUCCAGAGAAGGCGGCAAGAAAGCGCCUCUGAAGGCCAAGAAGAAGGUUGCUACCGAGCUCGACUCGGACGACGAGCGCCGCAUCGAGAAGCAGCGUGAGGACGCGAGAAAGCUCAAGGAGGCACAGGGACAGGCGACCGGCAAGGGCCCCCUAAAGCUCAGCAGCCAUGGUCUCAAGAAAAGUGCCAAGAAAUGA